AUGUAUCACAGCGUGCUGACCGCAGCGUUUUUCGUCGUCUUGGUGGUCCUUGUCUACCGGAAGCGUCAAGUGCUCUGCCCAUUGCUACCGGGAUUCAUCGUCUCUCGACUACCGUCACUUGAUUCCUCUUCGACGCAUCUUGCACUCUCCGCUACACCUUCAAGCUCUUCAGAUUCGCUGCUCUCGCGCCUAUUCAGCCGCGUUUCAUCUCGCCCGCAGUACCUCCCGCUCGCCGGCAGUUCGUGGUCCGCGAACCUCUCGAACGGCCUCUCGUCAUCGCUCUUCGAUAUCACCGCCAAUAUUCACGCUUCCGAUCCGCGAUCCGGAUUGGAUCCCUCCGGUGCACACGAUAUCCAGACCAUCAUGGCUACUCAGCGUGUCACCUUCGAUCAGGCAAGGCUCAUCAGGCACAAACAGAUCCUCGUACAGAACAACAUCGAUCCAAACACCGGCUUGCCAUUGGAUUCAAAGGCCGUCACCAGCCUAGGUGCCACUUCACGCUCAGUCGCGCCCAGUACAAAUUAG